AAGGUGGGCGGUGGAUGCGUUAUUAUCUUUAGUGUAUUUUAAGGUGCUGUGGUGCAUUUCCCCGUGUCUCGCUAUUUCUCGCUCGACGCGUAGCAAAUUUCAUUUAGUGCGCGACGUGAAAUUCCCUGUAUGAACUCUAUUCGCGCUCUAUGCGCACCGCUACGCGAACAGCUUCAGUCAUAUUGCUGGCGAACAGACCUACCCUCAGCAAACAUCUACACCGCUUUUCGGUGUUAAGAAACGAUGUCAAGGCAAAAUUAUAACGCUGAAAAGAGCGAAGAAGCGCGUAUCUUCGCCUUUUACGAUACAUUAGAAAAAGACGUAAAUACGCUCACACUUUUCGACAGAGGUGAAAGUUAUUUCGCUCUGGGUCAGGAUGCUGAAUUUGUAGCAAAUACUGCUUAUCACACAACUUCCGUUCUCAAAUACUAUGGCGUAAAGAAGAUUCCGUACUGUACAAUGUCAUACAGCUUGUUUCCUUCCUUUGCUCGGCAAGUACUUUCAACGCAUGCCAAGCGCGUUCAUAUCUGGGCUCCAACAGGAAAGAAACGUGAAUUGACGUUAGUGAAACAAGCUAGUCCGGGAAAUCUGCAGAGUUUAGAGGAUGAACUCUCAAACGAUACAUUGAAUAGUGUCGCAACGGAAGAUUCAACAAGCGGAAUUUUGCUUGCAGUGACCACACGCGUUCGACAAGAUCAACGAAUGGUUGGAGUCGCUUUUAUCGAUGUCUCUCUUCGACAAAUUGGUGUAUGUGAGUUUGUUGACUCGGAUUCCUAUGCGAACUUCGAAUCCCUACUUGUACAGACAGGGGCUCGCGAGAUACUGCUUGCCUCCGCUGGUGCACAGACAGAGUCGCAGAGCUCUGCCGCAAAAAUGGAGCUUAAUCGACUCCAUAACAUUGGAGAGUCUGCGGGUGCUUUAGUCACCGGCGUUCGCAUGUCUGACUUCUCAAGCCGGGAUGUUGAAGUGCUGCUGUCACGCGUUCUCGGUAAACCUGUUUCUCAUGCUACAACUCCAGAACUCUCUUUACAGCUCGCAAUGGCUUCUUGUGCUGCACUCCUCAAGUAUGUCGGUCCGAGUCUUGUUGGCUCGAUGUCUUCAACAACGGAAGAGGACGAGGCAGAGGACAGUGGGGAACAAGAGAAGGAGACUUCUCGCACCUUCUCCUUUUAUGAACACAAUUUGGAACAUUACAUGCGCCUGGAUGUUCCAGCCGUCGCCGCCUUGAAUCUCUUUCCCGCAGCAGGUGGAAACAACAAUAAAAGCAUGAGCCUGUUCGGCUUGUUGAACCAUUGUCGGACGGCUAUGGGAAUGCGUCAGCUGCGAAGAUGGCUUUCACAACCGCUGUUGGAUGCAGAUGCCAUCAACACACGACUUGAUUUGGUCGAGGCUUUCGUGGAGGACGCGGAGGUGCGACAGCUCCUGAUGGAUGAUGACCGUUUGCUUCGGUGUAUUCCGGAUGUUCCUAGAUUGUCACGUCGACUUAUUCGCGGAACAGCAAGUUUGGAGGACGUUGUACGUGUAUAUCAGAUGGCGCUUGCUUUGCCGUACUUUGUCGAUGUUCUUAAGGAAUCAAGCUCGCCCAAGAAGGAUCUCCUUAACCAAUUGUACACCCAGCGAAUUGAGGGCUAUGCGGGUGAUCUUGCCAAACUUAUUGAGCUUGUUAAUACAACCAUCGACCUGAAGGCCCUUGAUGCCCAUCGCUAUGUUAUUAAGGCUGAAUUUGAUGAAGAAUUAAUGGAGUUGCGACAGCAGCUUGACGAGCUUCGUCGUUCCAUUUACAAGGAACACGAACGUGCUGGUGACGAUUUGGGACUUGACACGGAGAAAAAGCUUCACCUGGAGCAUCACCACAUUUACGGCUGGUGUCUGCGACUUACGCGCACAGAAGCUGGAUGUUUACGCGGAAAAGGUUCUCGCUAUACGGAGCUGGCAACACAAAAGAAUGGCGUUUACUUCACAACGAGUCGUUUGCAUGGAUUUAAUACGACCUAUACUGAUUUACAUCGCAGCUACACCUAUCACCAGAAUGGCUUGGCUCGUGAAGUGGUUAAGAUUGCGGCGACUUACUAUGCACCAUUAGAGGACGUGGGCAAUCUCCUUGCUCACCUAGAUGUGAUUGUUAGUUUUGCUCAUGCGAGCACUAUUGCGCCCAUUCCUUAUGUGCGUCCAAACGUCCACUGUGAUGUGACGGCAGCAUCAGUAGCUGAUGCCGCCUCUAUAGAAGAAAACGAGGAGGGAGUCCCGGACAGUACGAUUUCAGAAACGAAAUUCCAAUCUGUGCCAUUCCGGAAAAUACUCUCCCGAACGCCAUGCACAAAACUGGUACUAAAAGCUUCACGGCAUCCUUGCUUAGAAGUGCAAGACGAUGUUAAUUUCAUCCCCAACGAUGUUCGACUCGAACACGGCAAACGUCAAUUGCUCAUUAUUACAGGACCAAACAUGGGUGGAAAAUCAACUUACAUUCGGCAAGUGGGUGUAAUAGUUGUCAUGGCCCAAAUUGGAUGUUUCGUUCCCUGCGAGUCUGCAGAUCUCGACAUCGUCGAUAGUGUCUUGGCUCGUGUUGGUGCCGGCGAUUCCCAGCUCAAAGGUGUCUCUACGUUUAUGGCAGAAAUGCUUGAAACAGCCACCAUUCUCCGGUCGGCAUCACCGCGAUCAUUAAUCAUCGUGGAUGAAUUGGGUCGAGGCACCAGUACCACAGAUGGAUUUGGAUUAGCUUGGGCAAUUGCAGAGUACAUUGUCAAGCGAAUUGACUGCUUCUGUCUUUUUGCAACACAUUUUCACGAGCUUACGAAGAUGGCAGAAACAACGCCCGUCGUUCAAAACCUUCAUGUCACGGCACUUGUCAGUGAGGAUAACACGAAGGACAUAUCCUUCCUCUAUCAAGUCUGCAAUGGUGCCAGCGACAGGAGUUUUGGUAUACACGUUGCCGAGUUGGCACAAUUCCCACAAAAAAUUAUUCAGAUGGCUCGAAUGAAGGCAAGGGAACUGGAGGAAACGAACACCUCCAACACUGAAAACGAAGGGCCAGAACAGAAAAAAGCACGAAAGGAAGGAAUGGAGCUUAUCAAUCGUGUCAUGAGAACCUGGAAGGCGCGUGUGUCAAGAGACAUGCCGCAAGACAAGAUGAUGGAAGAGUUUAAAAAAGUACUUGCCGAGUUUCAGUCCGAAAUUGAUGGUAAUACAUGGAUUCAGCAGGAAAGAAGCAUUUCUGCAAGUCCACUACUGUAGGGAAAGAAAGCACUUGAUACCAAAACGUUUCACACUCUUUUUUUGUUUAACGAAACGAUUUUAAUGGAACCUUUAGAAAACAUCUACACACGGUGUACAAGCUAUCGCAAUGAAAUAUGAUUCAAAAAAAAAAGGAAUGCGAAAACGUAAGUGUAGGCGAUUUGUCUUACGAACCACUAGCACAUCCAUGACAACCUAAGACAGGUUUGUUAGUACUCGUAAUCAAUGGUUUUUUAAAACAUACCGCAGUGAACGCAUUCAACAUGGGUAUCUUUUCCGAGUUUUGCCUUUGGAACACGACAAAUGCAAGUGGAACCAAAUUUCGACUCACUGGUCUGAAUGCAUUUGAGACAGCACAACUUCUCGUAACCUGGUUUUUUCCACUUGGCAAUCAAGUUGGCGUCUGCAUAGUUUUGUUUUAAUAACCAUUCGUACAAUUCUGUCGAUAUAGCUUCACGUUUAUAGUACAG